AGUCAUCUCGGUGAUAUCUGGCAACUCGGGCGGUGGCGCGUCGUGGGAGAAUCAGCGUGCGGUGUUUGUUACCUCGCCGUGAGCCAGUGGUUGUAAUAAUGCGUUUUAGAUGGAGGCAAGGACCCAGCUUCAUCAUUCUCUCCUCCCCGAUCCAUUCACCGGCCAAGAGGAUGGGUCUGAACUGAUCUCGGAGCUGAAGCCUGUUUUCCAGCCCCGGCUCUACGGAUCGCCUGGCUGCGAGACAUGGAGCGUGUGUUUCUCUCCGGACGGUACACGCUUCGCUUGGUCCGCGGGUUACGGACUGGUGAGGGUGCUGCCGUGGCCUCUGCCUUCCAAGCUUCAUGCUGCAGAUUCUAAGACUGAAGAGAAAAUGCUGGACUGUGGAGACACCGUAUGGGGCAUGGCGUUCGGGCCAUGUGUCUCAAACCGGGCAAAAUCUGUAAAAGGCCAAGAACUGCUGCUAGCAACAGGUCUCACUAACGGGAUGAUCAAGGUGUGGGUCGUCUCCACUGGAAAGUUACUGUUCAGUCUGACCGGCCACCAGUCAGUCGUGAGAGAUUUGGUCUUCACUCCAAAUGGAAGUCUCACGCUUGUGUCAGCCUCCAGGGACAAAACUUUGAGAGUUUGGGACUUGGCAAAGAAAGGUUCACCAUCCCGUGUGCUCAUUGGUCCAAACUACUGGGUGUUCAAAUGUUCUGUUUCUCCAGAUAGCAGUCUGAUUGCUUCAGUCUGUAAGCUCGACACAAAAGUUUAUCUCUGGAGUCUUCGAUCCUUCACCUUCGUCAGGAACCUGAAAUACGAUCAGGAGCGGUCCAUGGUGUCCUGCGAUUUCUCUGCGGACGGAGCGCUGCUUGCGGUCGGGUCUUACCGUGCUGCGACAGGAUGGUGGCUGGACCUGUGGGAUCCCUACACUGCAGAUCACCUGAUUAAACUGGAGGACUGUGAUCUGUGCGUGUGCAGAAAUGACAAUCUGCUGACAGCUUUGGCGUUUUCUCCUGUAUUCCCUCAUCUGGCUUUCAAAGACUACAGGGCGUUACAGAUUUGGGACAUGGAACAAGACAAACUGGUUUUGGUGUCGGAUCGUAACCGGGUCAGCGGACUGUGUUGCGCCUUCCACCCACGAGGCAGCGCCAUCGCUACAGGGUGUCGAGACGGACACGUAAAGUUCUGGAGAGUUCCUCGCCUGGUUCCCAGCCUGCGACAUUUGUGUCGCACCACGCUCAGGUACUCCGUGUCCACCUUCCAGGUGCGGGCUUUACCGCUCCCGAAGAAAAUCCUGGACUUCCUCACGUACAGAGAUAUUCCUAAGAUCAAGAUCCUACGCUGCAGUGAACAUUACAGCUGAUGUGGAGGAGCUUUUGAUUCGUGGUUGCUGCACGAAGCUGCUUUUAUUUCAAAGCUUGAACAGUACGGCAAAAAAAUGAGGGGGGGGGGGGUUAGAGAAACACAAACCUAUACAUAAGGAAGUAGAAAAUUUAUUUAAACAAUUUUACAUUAUAUAUACUGCUGCUGUAACACUGGUACAUUUUAAUAGAUGUAACAUCUGAUUUUAUUUGUACACAUUUGUGUGUGUGUGUGAUAACUGGAUUAGCCAUCACUGACCACUAUCUCUCUAACUGCCUGGAAAGCAGCUACCAUUGAACUCAGCUGAAUCUUCUCACUGGUUCCAGAGGCCAAGCGAUACCUUAGAGAGGGAGAGAGAGACCGAAUUAGAGAGAGAGAGAGAGAGAGAGAGAGAGAGAGAGAGUGAACGAGAUCGCAAUGCAGUGAGCGCGAGUGAGAGAGUUUGAGACAACAAGAGUGAGAGAAAACGAGACCGUGAGAGUCGGAGAAUGAGAGAACGAAUGAGAGACAAUGAGGGAGAAUGAUACAAGAGAGCAAAAAUGAGCGACAGCGCACGAGCAAAGGACGAACGAGAGUUGAGAAUGAAGGAGAGAUAGGAGGAGCUUGAAAUCCUGCUGUAGUUUGAAAUAAAGGAACAAGUUAUUUAUGAAAAGUGAUGCGUCAUUUUGUGAUGUUUAUUACAACAUCCACGUAUGUAGCGUUCUACGGAAACCUCAGAUUUAUUUAUUUAUAUUUUUCAAAACCUGCACGGUUCUGCUGACAUGCCAACGGAAAGUAACUGCUACUCACUCGAUGUCGGCCAGCUUAAUCAGCAAGCCCAUCCGAAUGGCUGGAGGAAAAUCCACUGCAGGAGUGCGACAGGACGAAGAGAAAACAAAAUCAAAACCAUUUCACCCGCAACAGAAAGGUCAUCGAUCAGCAGGACGAUCCGAGCCUCGAAUUCACGUCUUUAGUUUUGCACUGGAGCGACGAGGCUGUGUGG